AAGUGGAAGCAAUGAUUGUAUGAUCAACAGGUUGAGAAAAAAAAAAGAAUGGGAGGCGUUGCUUGGACUGAAGAAGAAGAUCAGUUGCUCAAGAAAUGUAUAGAGCGGUAUGGUGAAGGGAAGUGGCAUCGUGUACCUCUUUUGGCUGGUCUAAACAGGUGUCGUAAGAGCUGUCGACUGAGAUGGCUAAAUUACUUACGCCCAAACAUCAAAAGAGGAAGUUUUGCAGAAGAUGAAGUUCAGCUCAUCAUUAAGCUCCACAAGCUCUUGGGGAACAAGUGGUCACUGAUUGCUGGGAGACUCCCUGGAAGAACAGCAAAUGACGUUAAGAAUUUUUGGAAUUGUCACCUGAGCAAGAAGCUCUGUGCUCGAGAAACCGAAGAGGAAUGUAAUCAAAGCGCCAUGAACGUCGAAACGAUAACACCGCAUCCGGCUCGUAGCAUUUCGAUGACGGGAUCGACCAAACAAAGAACCCAAGAUUAUCAUGUUGCUCCGAACAGCCUGCCGGCGAUCAAAGAAAGUAGCAUGUCGAUGCCUUUCAACUUCUUCGGAGUCGAUCAACAAGGCCAUGAUCAGCUCGUGAAAGAAGAAAGGGAUAUAAGAGUGCAGGAGCCUGCUGGCGGAUUAUUUAUCGGCGAUUUGACGACGGAAGAUCAUCGGUUUGGUCAGUUUGAUGAAGUUAAUGUAUUGAGUAGGGCUGAUGAAGGAUGCAGCAAAUGGGAUUGGGAUGACUUGAUGUUAGACAUGGAUUUAUGGACUGAUUCAUUGUGAAUGUGAUUUUCAUAAGUGGCAAUAAUCAGACCAUUUUAAAUUCUUA